AUGGCGGGCCGACUGAGCCGCCCGGCGCCCCACCAGUGUAGACGGACUCUCCCUCCGCUCCGCUUCGCGCCGACUCUUCGAAAACCCUGCCGGGGGCUUCCUGCGCCGGGUUCCGCGACCCCCAGGCACCCCCCCCCCCCCCCCGCUCCGCCGACCCCGCUGCCCCUCGCUGCCUCCGCGCGCCCCGGACCCUCCCGCCGCCUCGCCCGGCAGCAGAGCACAGAGUCGGACUGGGGCCCCAGCCAGCCGCCGACACACGGACCCCCGCCGCCCGCACCGCAGCCGCCACACCCCCUCCCCGGCGUCGCCCCUAAUGCCGUCACGCCCGCGCCUUGCGUCCGGCGCGCCUGGGCGGAGGCGGGACUUCCGGGCGCGCGGAGGCGGGACUUCCGGGAGCAGGCGGAAGAGCCUCUGGGCGCUGGGCUCAGGAGUCCGGGGGCCGCUGAGGGGCCGCUCGGGGUGCAGGAGAGGGCCGCCGGGCCUGGCCGGCCGCGCUCGAGGUGUCGGGCCGCGGGCCUGAGGGAGGAGGAGGGGCCGUGCCCGGCGACAGGGCCCGGAAGCAGUUCUGGAGGCGCUGCAACGGCGAAGUCCCGGGCAGGUGGAGGAGGAGGGGCUGUGGCCGGCGACGGGGCCCGGAAGCGGUUCUGGAGGCGCAGCAACGGCGAAGUCCCGGGCAGCAUCCAGCAUGUGUACGGCGCCCAGCACCCCCCCUUCGACCCACUGUUACACGGCACCUUGCUCAAGGGCGCGCCCAAGGCGCCCGCCACACCCGUGAAGGCCAAGAGCAUCAGCACCUUCCCGGAGUUUGAGAGCAACACCAGCGACGCCUGGGAUGCCGGCGAGGACAAUGACGGGCUCCUGGCCGUGGCAGCCGAGAGCCUGAACACCGACGUGGUCAUGGAGACGGCCCACCGCGUCCUGCGCAACCACAGCCAGCGGCAGGAGCACCGCAAGCCGCAGGAGGCGCCGGGCCCCGAGCAGGAGCCACAGCCUUCGGCAGAGCCUCCUUCGGUCCCGAGCGGUGACCUCGGCUGGUGAAGUCCGUCAGCGAGAGCCACACAUCCUGUCCUGCAGACAGCGCCGGCGACACUGCUCCUCUGCAGUGGUCCCAG